UUUCGCUCCUGUAAGGCCGGAUUUGGACGAAGUAGGGCGAUGUCACCGGCUGUCAGGGUUCCCAGGUCUCUAAAUAGGAACUCUCUGCUCGGUAACAUGGCGACGCUCGCUGCUAUGCUGUAACUAUGCAGAGUAUGUCGUGAGUGAGUCACUGAUGGUAUUUCUCCCUCUGUGUUUCAUCAGGUAAGGCUGAGGAGGACAUGGCUGCCAUGCUGACUGCUCCAGAAGAUGAUGUCUGACUUCUAUUUUCACUCCUUCUCCUCUAUCAGUUCCUUCUUUUUCCUUCUCCCUCUUAUACUCUUCUACAUCCUCUUUCUCCUCUUUCUCUUUCCAGCUCUUUUCCUCUUUCUUUGUCUCGCUGAUGCAACACGCCUUGCUGUGGCUGGUCAAACGGAACCAAGUCAGGUGUUUCUGUGAGGUUUGGUCCCCUUCAACCAGCUACUGCGUCGUGAAUUCAGUCAGCAGACACCAGCGUGGAAGCAAAGACACAGAGGGCACUGUGCUGGAAAUGCUGCUUCUUUUACAGGUGUCAGCCUACUCAUAAUGAUAAAUAAUCCAACCUCUUUACCAGCUCAGUGAUGAUUGUUUUACAUGUGGACAUGCAUUUUGUCAGUCUGAAUAAGCAAAUAAAGAAUUGUGGCUAAUAAGAGUCAGAUUUCAUUUUACGGGCUUGUUUUAUAUACUACUUCUGAGUGGUUUUGUUAUUUUAUAAUACACAACUGAACCAGCUAUAUCUAAGUAUUAUUCUGAUUAUAGUAUGCUGUCAUUAUGUGUGGCUUAAAGCUGGUUAUAACAGUUUGCAUUGCAUUAUAUUGAAAUAUGUUUCGUACGCUGAUGACACCAUCAUGAGAAUGUUAUCACUUCAGAGAUGGAUCACUUAAAAAUAUGCUUUGACAAAAUAAAUCAUCACGAUAUUGUAAUUAAAAAAUAACAAGAAUUGAGAGAAAAUACUUUGACCACAGGGGGCACCAAAACUGACACGAACAUAACGUUCCUCACAGCAGUUUUAAGUCAGGAGGUCAGUAAAUCUUCAAAACUGAUACAUUAUUCAGAAAAACAUGGGCUAGCUUACAAAUUUGUGAAGAAAUGGCAGCAGGUUUGGCUCAGACCCUCUGACUGAUAUCACUAAAAAUAUGAAAAAAAUUAACCUAUGUCAAUUUUAAAUGGCGCAUAUGUGACAUAACAGUUCACUGCAGAGGACACAUGGGGUUUAGAGGUGAUCCAUUCUAAAACCAUUAGCCUUAUAUGAUUCAACAUUCUCUCCAUUCAAGAGCCUAUAAGACUGGGGAUGGAGAGUCACUGACAAAUGAAUGAUGUAUGACGUUGGGAGUCUAACAUCACAUUAAAAAUAAAAGUAUAAAUAUGGAUGAUAUAACAGGCUCCUGAGGUAAACAUGAGUAACUGUGUCCACUGACUAAGGCCAGACUUUCUAGGUUGGCCAAACUGGGGCACAACUUUGGCUGGGGUAGGCAGGCAUGGGAGACACUAUUGGACCUACCCCAAACCACAUCCACAUAGGCUAUCUAUAUUAAAAAAACAUUGUAGUAAUUCAAAUAUAAUUUUCUAUAAUCUACACUGUUAAAAGUAACUCAGCUGAGGCGGAACAUUUUAAUCUCCCGAAUUUAAUUCUGUGAGACAGGACCCAAAAAGAAGGUGUUUGCUUAAAAUCAACAUUUAUACCACCAGUAAAAUCAAUAUUUCACAUUAAAAUGCAUACAUAAUUUCAACGGUUUUCUCCCCUGGUGAUGCAAAUAACCAUUCAUGGUUUGAAACUCAAGGGUGGCCAAUUAGGUUUUGGGGGGUUGCCCCAGGUCACCCCCGUUGAUCACUACUUACUGUCAGUGUUUAGAGCCAAAAAAAAUGUAAUCAAACCUGGGCUGAUAUUACAUGCAACACAAAACUGAAAUUACAGCGCAUUUAGAACAGUGUUAAAUUUUAAGAAAUAUACUGUAAUUCUCUCUACAUAUAUUUUCCUCUUCUGAUGUGAUGGCAUUACAGCGUCCCUCCACUAGGGGGAGGUGCCCAUUUUCAGGGGUAGUAGUUUCUACACCAGCGGUCGGAAGUGAAGCGGCAGCGUAAACAUGGCUGACAGUGGAGACACAGGUGAGUUUGAGAAUAUGCAACAGCUGGACUUUACAGCUAUUUACUUAAAUUUUCGAAGUCUUUACGAUACCUUAGAGAAAACAUGUCCUCCUCGUAUUAUCGGCGCUUUUUUGGUCCCCGAGUCUGGCUUGUAGCGAUGUUAUUUCCCUCAUGCGGAUGAUGCAAAUGUUAGUAAUGCAGGCAGAUGAACGGGACCUUAUUGCAUCAUCUUUACUUGUAGUUUUUAAAUGAGCAAAACGAUAAAUGCAGCUGUUUUGAGUUGUCUCUAUGCUGAGCUGAUGUUGUCAGCCUAUUAGCUCUUUGACUGGUUUGUUAUCAUGAAGGAAAUCAGCAAGUCUUAAUGUUAUAUCUCACCUGGACUAAAGGGGUGCGGACUAAGUAAAGGCUGAUUUUGUUCAACACUGAUGUGAUCAUAUCAUCUCCUUUUGGUUGUUUUACAGAGGGAGCCGGCAAGAACGAUGAAAUUGAAAGAGCAAAGGUCAGCUGUUUUGUUUAAAGUUGUCACAAGCACACAUAUUGAUUAAUAAAUUAAGGUUGGCAACCCAUCAAAGAGCCCAUAACCACCAUAACAGUCACUCUAACAAUACAUAAACUCCCAUUUGAGAGACAAUGUGACUAUAGAGUUCAAAUGUAUGAUUUCUGCAUCUUUCAGAGCCCCUCUCCACUCCCCUUGUUGAUUUCCCUCUCUCUUUCUACCAGACUGAAGGUAAAGAACUGACCAAAGAAGAGAAGCAGCGGCUGAGGAAGGAAAAGAAACAGCAGAAGAAGAACAAAGAGAAAAAAGAGGAAAAGGCUUCUCAGGAAGGAGGGAAAGAAAAGAAGCAUGUCAGCUCAGAGUCUCCAGCCUCCCAGCCCACAACACAAACCCAAACACAGAAAGGUGAAUAUCAUGCAGACACGGUUGUGUUUUUUGUUUUUGCGUGCUCCUUCAGCUGUGAUAACUCUGGUGAUUUUUUGUCACAGCUCCUUCAGCAGUGCCUGCUCAAGUUCCUGUGCCUGCAUCAGAAACACCCGCACCGGCAGAAAAGCCUGCUAAGAGUAAAGCAGAGUUAAAAGCUGAGCGGAGAGCCCGCCAAGAGGCUGAGAGGUCCUCCAAACAGGGCAAGAAGGGGGAGGCCUCACAGCAGGCUGCCACGGGGAAACCUAAAGCCCCGCCUAGUGAGCUGCAGCCAGGUAAUGUUGUAGCCAAGAUCAUCAUCAUACAAACAGUCCUAAAAGAUACAUCAUGCAUAGUGGAGAAGGUGAAACCUUGUUUUGUGUUUUUAGUGGUUAAGAGACUCCCAGAGCAUGUCCAGGCUGAUAACCCAGAGGUCUUAAAGAAACUGGCAAAAAAACUUGAAAGACAACAGGUAAGUGACGUCAUGUGUCAUCCCCAAAACCAAAGAACAUGAUAAGCUUCAAGUCUAACAUUGUGAGCACCUUAUAUUUUUUUAAAUUAACUUAAAUCUUGAACAUAACUGUUAACUUAUUAGAAACAGCUUGAUCUAAGGAAAGUAAAUAUAAGUUAGGAAUUAAGGGACGCUGAGGAAUUUUGGAUAUGACAUAGACUGAUACGUGAUUGUCUGAGUCUUGACAUUUUCAUCAUACACCUAAUGCAGAUAUUUAUCCGUAUAAUAUGUGUAAUCUGUCAAUAUUGCAUGUGCUUUCACCCAACUUUUCUUUCAGACACCUGAGUUCAAUAUUGCAACAGAAGUUAAGGUCUAAUUUUCUUCAAAGUGUGCCUUUUACUUUGGUGGUCUUGUAUUUUAUUUGCUAACUUUUGAAUGUAGCUGUAACACCACACUGUAGUUCAGGAUUGACACUUGUUGCUCAGUCCAGUGAGGCAGAGAUGGUUUGUCAGUGGGCUGUGUGUUUUGGGGUUGUUUCUUUUUUCUUUGUUUUUACACUGAGCUGUUUGCUGUGCAGAUUUCAGUUUGAAUUUCCUACUGUGCUGUUAGUGUAGGACGAUGUCAAUUCUUAGUGUUAAAGUCUCUGUGCCUUUGUGUCAUAGAAAUACUGAAUCACUUUGUGUUACUUGGAUCUGAUGGAAAUCAAACAUCCUUUAUUCCAGAUCCCUCUUCGCUCAGACUAUGGCUACAAAGUCAGCCUGUUUUCUCACCUCCACCAGUACAGUCGCAAAGCACCUCUAACACAGCAACUCGGGUAACCUGAAAACGUACCAUUUCUGACAAUAUUGUAUUUGUGUUGGGGAACAGAAGUUUUAAUGGUGUGGUUUGUCAGCACUGGUUGUAAAUAGGUUGUUUUUUCUCUGUUGCAGCAUUCCCUCCACAGUGAUUCAUCCUGCUAUCGUUCGGCUGGGUCUCCAGUAUUCACAGGGAAUCGUUGCAGGAUCCAACGCUCGCUCUGUCGCCCUGCUUCAUGCCUUCAAACAGGUACAGAGCACAGACAAGUCCAGGCUGAAAGUCUCACAGUCUUGAUGUCCUCCUCUCUACUCCUCUCAAAAAUUCUUUUUCCACCCAGCCUUGAUUCAAAACUCCUAACUCUUUGUUUUAGUCUCUUGUAUUAUUCAAUUUACAACUCCAAUACCUCAACACAGUUAAUAAAAACUGAAUUUGAAGCCAUGGUUUUGUAAUGCAUUCAACAUGUAGUUUACCCUGGAAAAAAAGCAUUACUUGGAUGGCAGCAUAUGUAGCUCCAAAAGCUUUAGUGUUUGGUACUAAUGUUGCUUUCCCAGAUGUGUGAACUAGCCAUGUAAUGGGCACUUAUACAUCUUUAUGUCAUCAGUGAUGCCGGCUUUUGAAGUGUGCACACCGACAACAAGUGGAGUGAUCUCCUCUGUCAAGUGUGAGGAAUAUGGCAUCCAUAAUUUACAAAGAGAGUGUCAAAAUUUGUCUUGUCAGACGUCGGGAAGUUCUUUAUCAUGGACUCAUCUUGGAAAAGUUGUUUGCGUAUUAUAAUACUGUGAUUUUUUACACUCAGGAGCACCAACAUUUUACACAGCAUCCCAAAUUAGAGGACAUCACAUUCAGAGUGACUGUCUUCACUAUUUUAUUGAGACUGGUACAGUUUUUAAAUAUCAUAUUUUUGCUGUCUUAUCUUCAUCCAAGCAAAUGCACUUACUAUGAAUUAACUCCACUCCAUUAAUGAAGGCAGUUUUUCAAAGUUACAGGAGAGCAUUUUCAGGCUCCUUAGGUGCUUUAGACUCAAGAAAAUCCUUCAGGCUCCUCAUGGUCCAUCAGCUCUGUGAGUGUUUGUUAUUAAGCCUGCAAUGAAGUUCAGCUCUCAACCGAGCAUAAAGCAAUGCAGCUAAGAAGCUCGGUCAGCUGCUGCCGCUCAGUGCCAAUUUUCAGCAGCAGCCAGCAGUUCCUCUAUAAUGACAUCCAAACUGUCCUCUUGUUAGUUAAUCUGUCAUUAAUUCUUCAUUAUGGAGAAAUUAAUUUUGCACCAAGUUAAAACAAACAGCACAAGUAAUGUAUAAAGCAAGAAAUAAUCUACUGCCAAAUACAAUCUGGAAAAUGUUUACAGAAAGGGAGGGAAAACUUUCUUCAUAUUGAGCUGCGGGGGGACUUUAUGGAGAUAAAACAAAGUACAAAUAGCAAUCUGUUCAAAAUAAGGUACAAAAACUGUUUAUGAACAAGUGUUUGGAAGAGGAAGUGUGUCGUGGAUGAGAACGAAGGGGUAAUUAAAUAAAUAAACCAUAAAAACUAUGUUGAAAUUAAUUAGUAUUUUGCUAUACAGUGUAUGGAUAUUGGAUAUAGAUAUAAUAUUUAUUUGUAUGGGCAGUUAUGCAUUAUGUAUAUAUAGGGGUGAAAGAAAAAAAUUGAUACAGCAUAGUGUCACAAUAUUUUGUGUGGUGAUAUAUCAUAUCGUCUCAUUUACUAAGUAUAAAUUUUUUUUUCAAAUUAAUUGCUAAUAUGAAGUCAAAUAUAUCAUAAUGGAAAAAAAAAACAACUGUUUGUUCAGUGAGGUUGGCAGAGCUGAUGUCAGAGCAGGAGAAAGUGCAUCAAAUAUAUAUAAGAUUUGCAAGAUGUGCUACAUGAAAAUAAAAUACAGCGUAAAUAAGACAAACAUAAAGGAAAGACAAAUGCUAAAUUAGCUAAAGAGUUGAAAAAAUUGUAUGAAUCGCAAUAUAUUGUGUCACAAUACUCACUGCAUUGCAAAAUGUUAAAAAUCGCAGUAAUAUCGUAUUGUGGCAAGUAUCAUGAUAAUAUUGUAUCGUCAUUGGUGGGCCACCAGUGCCCCCCCCCGGAAUAUGUUUCUAUAGAUGUUUAAGUAGCAUAUGUAUAUUAUUUCAAUAUUGAUUUUUCUGUUAGAUACACAUGUGUAUGUAUAUAUAUUUAUCUAUCUGUGUGUGUCUGUGUGUAAUAUAGAGUCUGUUGAUAAACACAUGUUUUGUAGUAUGCAUAUGUACAAUAUAUUGCAUUGACAGCAGAAUUUAAUUUUUUUAUAAAACCCAUGAGAAAAUAGUCAUAAGGGGUAGGAAUUCAAAAAGUAUUUACUUCUUCCCACACCUUUUCAAACAUUUAUAAUUACUUCAUUUCGUUCUUUCUUUCUAUAUUUCUUUGCAUACAUGUUUGAAAUAAAUAAAAUUAAUUGAUUCAUUUAAUACUUGUUGUUUCUUAUUUCUCAGGUAAUAAGGGACUACUCUACACCUCCAAAUGAAGAGCUAUCCAGAGACUUGGUUAACAAGUUAAAACCUUAUAUCAGGUACAAGACUUAUUAUAAGUUUUUACUCUGUUCAACUCAACUAUUGUCUCUUCUUCCUAAAUGUCUUAUGAUGUCAAUGCAAAAGUGAACUCUUUAUUUGACAUUGUAACAGAAAAAUGGUGUCUCUUGUUUAUUUCCUGUGCAGUUUUUUGAAUCAAUGUCGCCCCCUGUCAGCUAGCAUGGGUAACGCAAUUAAAUACAUCAAAAAAGAAAUCUCCAAUAUUUCCAGUCAAUGCAAAGAAGAAGAUGUAAGUGUCACACCAUGUUCUUUCACAAUUUAUUCAGAAGUCAUCAUUUCAAAAGAUUUAAUUUCACGUUUUUUAGUAUCAGCUUCAUCCUUUUGUUCUCCUUUUCUCUGUUUAGGCAAAAAGCAAGCUGCUGAACUGUAUCGAUUGCUACAUCAAUGAGAAGAUCACCCUUGCUGCUAAAGCUAUUGCCAAGUACUCCAUCGAAAAGAUCAGUGAUGGGGAUGUCAUCCUAGUCUACGGAUGGUAAGGAAAAGUCUGAUUUAAAUCUCACAUCUCUGUCACUAGUUUGUAACCCAUUGACAUGUGAAGGAAAUGCAGCCCUUGCAAUUCCGUGUCCCACUUUCAACUGCUCCUGCCACAUUUACUUCCUUUUUUUAGUCUCCCAUUGUCUUUCUGUUGUCUCUAGGCCUAAGGGAAAGGGUGACUGUGCCUUUGCUGGAAUAGCUGACCUUUUACAAUAAAGUGCUCCCCCUCUAGCCUUUUUGAAGUCUAGACCAGUGGUGCUUAACCUUGUCCUACUCAGGAGCCACACUGACCAAAUACAGUUUGACAAAAGCAACAGCCAAAGUCACCUCUUUCUAACCCCAACAUGACUCACAUUUGAGAAAAGGGAGAGCAGUUGCAGAUUAAUAGGGAGUGAAAAGCAAAUCACAGCUGAUAACAGAAGUCAGAAGUACAGUGUGACACAAUUUCUAUUAGUAAGUCCGUAACAGUGUGAUACUGAUUAUUUUGCACACAAUCACACUCUAUAAACAGCAGGUCGUCUUCCUCUUUUGUCUGUGAUGCUUCCCUUCCUCUUUAAUGGAGAACAGACUUUCACUUCUACUCCAGCCAGGGUUUGUAUUUCACAGUAGAAGAGAAGGAAUAAUAGUGAACUUUACUUCACUCAGAGCGAUUUCUGGCACUCUUGCAGGAUUUGUAGUUGGGCUCUGCUGUAAAUGGUGAUCCAAAAGUUCUCUCUGUGUGGCAGACUCAGUCAGUUUUGGUGGUUAAAUUUUAUUUUUCGGAGAGAGCAGAGAAAGUUGUUGAUGACUGAAUGUGGCUGGAAACACUCUGAUGGUGCUGCUUGCAAGACUCAAGUCUAGGGUUGUUUGGUAGAUGCCCAGAGGUCCAUCCUUAUUUGUUUUUUUGAAGUCGGACAUGAAGCAGACUACAUGUUCUCGCAAAGUUGGGGAAUACCUCAAAUCUUUUUUACUAUGCGGCAGAGCACGCACAAUGCAAAAAGUUACAAACCUCGAGUGGAGCAAGGAGCCUGUGGCGCCUGUGCAGCUGAAACAGCUGACCAUUCACUCUGCUUUCUCUAGUGCAACGCCUUACGACCUCAAAGAGACACAAAGACCUCACAGAUGCAGUAGCUUACUGUACUACAAAAGACAUGCUUCAAUAAGCACUGUUAAAUUUCAUUUAGGAGUAACAGGGAACAUUUAAGAUUGAAAAGUGAUUAUUUUAUAUCAUGAUAUAUAUCGACUGAUAGGAAAAAAAUAUAUUGUGAUAAACUUUUUCCCAUAUCGCCCAGCCCUAUGCUGAAGUAAAGUUUAUCAGAGCGCUGACGCUGCAGAAGUCAGGCCGGUUGCAUAAUUUCUUAAAGGUCAAUCAUGAAUGGGUUCUGCACAGUUAGAAACAUGAUAGCUGAUGUGACAGAAUCUUGACUCAUAAUUUUGAUUGAGCUCAGUUAACUCUUCACAAAUGAGGACUGACAGGAUGGGCAGUGUUUGCAUGCAUCGGGUUUGAUUUGGUUUGAUUUCCUUGUUCUCUCACACAUCACCUACUCUCGUUUACAUCUUGGCUCCUGUCUUCAUCUGCUUAGCUCGUCGCUGGUCAACCACAUCCUGUAUGAGGCUUUUGAGAAGGACAGAAAGUUCCGUGUGAUUGUGGUAGACAGCAGACCUAGACUGGAAGGCCGGGAGGCUCUGAGGCGUCUGGUCCAGAGAGGCAUCAGCUGCACCUAUGUCCUUAUUUCAGCUGUCUCUUACAUCCUUCCGGAGGUAAUUAAAGUGUUUUUUUUUUUUUUUUUUUUUUUUACCAGCAGCCAAAGACUGCUCAGUUUUAGUGUUUGUAAAGGUUACAGUGAUGUCUUUGGUUUUGACAUUGUAGGUAUCGAAGGUGUUCCUUGGUGCUCACGCGCUGCUGGCCAAUGGUUAUGUCAUGUCUCGUGUGGGGACGUCACAGAUAGCUCUUGUGGCCAAAGCCUUUAACGUGCCUGUGCUGGUGUGCUGUGAGACUUACAAGUUUUGUGACAGGGUGCAGACAGACUCUUUCGUGUCCAAUGAACUUGGUAAGUAAAAAAAAAGCCUGUGACUGUAUUUUUUUAAACCUGGUUUUAAAGUCAUGUUAGUAUUCAUUUUAGACACCUCUCCGGAUUUAGCCUGAGUUUAUAAUUGUUUUUUCCAGAUGAUCCUGAUGACCUCAUCGUGACCCGGAAUGGGAAAACCCAGCUGGAGCACUGGCAGCAGGUGCCAUCUCUCGGCCUGCUUAACCUGGUGUACGAUGUGACGCCGCCUGAUUUUGUGGACCUUGUCAUCACAGAUCUGGGGAUGAUCCCGUGCACUUCGGUCCCUGUGGUGCUGCGAGUCAAAAACGUGGACCAGUGAAUGUCCUCCGGCUUACAUCACCUCGAGCCUGGAGGCUGUUUUUUCUGUCUCUAUGGAAGAGUUUGUGCACUUCAAUGCCUGCACACAACACAAAAUAACCGUGCUUUUAGCAUGCAAUAAAUAUCUAUCUGGAAUGGCAUAAGCUUUUUAAA